AUGGCUAACUUGUGUGAGGCAGCGGUGGUUACUCAGUGUGAGCAGGGUCAGUGCAAAAGGAACAGAACAGGACCCUGCAGACAGACGGUAAAAUCUCUCCUGUUUUACCUCUGGGAUGUUUUCUCAGCACCGACUCCUGCCGGCAGAGACAUCCUGACUCUGCUGUUUCUCUGUUUCACUCUUGCCAUCAUCACUGGCGGCCUGCUUCACCACUGGCUGUCCAUGACUCUCAGAUACGACCAUGGAGCGUCCAUUCAGACCGCCUGCAUCUACAGCGUGGCCAUGUUCCUGGUCUCCUUCCUGUGCCACCCCCUGCGCUGUGUGCUGACUAUGACUCUGCCCACCGUCUGCACCAAAGAGGGCCGCAAACUGCUCAUCUCAGCCUCUGUCAUGAUUUUAGUGUUGAAUGUCAUCCCUAACAUCUCGGUUAAUGUCGGGGCGGUCGCACGCAUCCUCAAGUGCACUGCUGAAGGUUUUACAAAGACUUUAUUAAACAUAUCCGAACCCUUUAACAUCGUUAAGCGUGACCUUGUUGAAGAAGCCAUCAGAGUGAAGCGGGAGGACCUGAGCAUUGUCACCAACUUAAGGACUUUAGAUCAUUUCACACACGUCAAUGUGUCAGGAGUCAAAAGCAGAUUCACUAAGAUGAUCGGGCAGAUAGAGAUGAACUUCUCACAUGCCAGGAACCUGCUGAGAGAAUACAAACUACUGUCAAACCGGAUUCUUGCUGCCAUUUUUGUUGCUUUACUAGUUGCUGAAUCUGCACGCUACUUGAAAUCUUACCUGACAUCAGUUCAGUUCGAUAAUGGCGUCACCUCUAAAGAGCUCCUGCAAAAAAACCCUCAUGCUGGUAAUAAACAGCCAGCUAGAAAUAAAAUCAGUCUCACAAGCUGUAAAAUAACAAGUCAGGAAUGUACCUCUUGUCUUGUCUCCUUAGUUGUAGUGACGCUUUAUUUCAUUGCUAUAACUUUAAUAGUAGUUUUGGACCAUGUUGUGUAUCAUAUAGUUCAGAUGAUUGUGCCGUGGCUGCUGGAUUUUCCACCUACAUCUGCAAUUAUAAGUGUCAAUUAUAAGGUUCAGUGGUUCCCCCCUGCUUUUUGUAUUAUCCCACAAUCGUGCAUCACACGGGAGCUGACAAACUUCCACAGAGAUUACAAGUGGAACUUCAGCCCCGAGCCAUCGCUCUGUGACGUGACAACUUCAGCUCCGAACCUGGGAGUCACACUCAUGCUGGGAUGCCUCUGGCUGAUGAGCUACUUCAUGGUUUUCCUCGAGGUUUAUGCCAGACGGCUACGGAGAAAAAUCUCGGCAUCCUUUUUCAGAGAGCAGGAGGAGAGGAGAGUGGCUUACUUGGUGAGGAAAAUGCAUGAGAAGCAGAAUAAAAAUGAGAAUAAAGGGACUGUUUAUGUUGGUGUUUGUAGGUAAAAUGUCCCAACGACGCUUGGAUGGAUUACCAAGAAAUUAGAGUCACACAUUCACAUCCAUAAGAAGGAUGAACUUUAACAAUCCAUCUAGUGCCAUCAUUAGGCUAACAUGUUAAUUUGUAACUUUGAGGUUGUGUGGACUAUAUUAUUUACUCUGUUAGUACAGUUUGUGAGUAUGUUUCAAAGAUUUUUUCCUUUGUUAGCAUGUCCCUAUGGGUUUUUUUUAUAUGCCAGAAGACACAUCAUGAGCAAAAUCAGCAGUCAACAGCAGUGAAUCAGUGACAGUUUCAGAAACACAGAUUCAGACUUGCAGAGUUUAAUAUGUAACAAAGCCCAAAUAUCCAAUUCUGUCUAUUUGCAGGGUGGAACUUUCUAUAUCACUAUUCAUCUUGAGAAUAAGUGUCUAGUUCGAACAUUCAUGGCUGAAUUACUUCUAUAUUACAAGUUGUCAUUGUUGUGGGUGAGCUGGUGUGCUCGACCUGCAGUGAGUGGAGAGAAGUGGGGACUGUAUGUAUCUGUACAUUGUAGAGGAGGCAAAAGAGCAGAACUACAUCUAAGUCACUAUUAUGGCGCUUUUCCACUAGCACCUACUCGGCUUGACUCGGCUCAACUCUACUCGGUCUGUGAGGAUUUCCAUUAAGACGUAUAGAGUGCAGGCCACUGAUUGGACAGGGAGUGACAACACCACACAGCACACAUAUUUCAAUACCUAAUAGCGAUAAAUUGCAGCCAUUACGGGGUUGUACACGGGACUGACACAAUAACUGUAGUGAACUAGCAUUAGCUUACCCUCAUACAUCUCGUUCGUAUCCUCUUGUCUUUAAACUGCUGUAUCGCCUCCCAAACUCUCCUGUUCUACUGAGUGUUUCGACUCGCUGCCCUCAGCUUUCUCUGACUCUCUUCUUUUACUUUGCAUCUGACAAAAAGCCAUAGACCAAGCAGCAGGUAUACCAUCGCCUCGAUGUCGUCCAUUUUGUGUUGUGUUUGUGUUGCACACAAACGACGUUAAGGGACUUCCGGGACGCUGUACUCUGAAGACUCCACCAACGAUGAGGUGAUACUCAACUGUAAUGGAAAACGAGCUCAACCGAGUCGAGUCAAGCCGAGUAGGUGCUAGUGGAAAAGCGCCUUUAGUAUGGCACACACUUGGAAAUAUGUCAUUUUGAUACUCAGAGAGGAGUUUUUAGGGGUUUAAUCAGUGGCCAAAGAGGAACUUUAAGUGUGACCUGCCAGGUGACUGCAAACGGAAUUUAGAUUUAGGCAAUUUCUGGUGCAAUGCAUCAAAUUGAAACAUUUACGUUUAAUACUGGACAUGGCCUCAUACAAAUUACUAUAGUAAACAUUCUGAGUAACAUACUGACAGCAUUUAGCUCAAAGCAUCAGUGUGUCAAAGCACAUCCUUAGAUGGACGUAGACUCUUGAUCUUGUUACCUUUGUAUAGUGUUUCUUUAAUGUUUGCAUCAUUUGGUGUUCUUACUGUUUUUCUGUUUUUUGUAAAAGAUGACCUAAACAUAGCACAUCCUGUGUAUGAGUCACUCUCAAAACACCAUCUGCUAGAGCAUCCCGUCUUGACGCUUUCCUCUCAAGUGUUUGUGGUUUAUAAAGAUGCGUUUGCACCUGCCUUGUUGGUUGGUAACACUGUCUCUCUCACACAGAACAUGUUUUGCUGUACAGUUGUUUUUGUAAGUGUGUGUAGUGUUGUUUUUCCUGUUUCCCCCCCCUAACUGUGAUUAAACCUUUUUUUUUUUUAACCACUAGAUGCCAGUAUGGUGCUUUGACAGAUGAAAACAGAGCCUAAUACACAGUAGUAGAUAAUAUCAGGAAAUGAACAGCAAUAGAUUGGGUUUUACUCUUUCUGAAUAUUGUAUUGGCCUAGAUAGUUUUAAUAGAUUCAAUUAAUCUGAUUCAUGUACAUGUCCAAUAACUCAGCAGCUUAUUUUAAUCAGUGUGACCUUGCAAAAAAGAAAAAAAAAAUCACUUCCUUUCCGAAAAAAAUCCUUGCAUAUCAGCAUGCUCCUGCCUAAAAUUCCCGUGAGGCUCCAGGGGUUUAUUUUAAAGCCUUAUACCAGAAUAGAACACUUCUUUAUCAUCUAUUUUUACUCUUGUCCACUUCACGAUUGUCUCAAAAUUCAGGCGCCUGUGUAAAGAUGAUUUACUGUUUUUCCAGAGAUUAUGAAUUAUUCAUAUGCUGUCUGUUACUAUGAAUUCUCACAUGGGUGUGUUACUGGUAUGUGUGUGACAUCUCU